UCCUCCUCCUCACACCAGAGCCCCGCUCCUUGAUUCUCUACCGCCCACUCUGUCCUCACCACAGACCCAGCCACUCAUCGGCACAUCGUCUCAUCACCACAUUGCCCGCUGCGCUUUUCUUUAUUUUAAGGAAGGAUAUUUUAAAAGAGAAGGCAAUAAGACGGAGCCAUCCUCCACCAGUCUUUCCACCAUGGCAAGCAACGAAGAGAAACCCGCCGCCGUCGCCCUCACCACCGCCGCAGUGGUCGCCGCGGACAAGGAGAAGAAGUCCAGCUGGAAGGACUCCAUCUACAACCCGCGGACCGGCGAGCUGCUGGGGCGCACGGCGAGCAGCUGGGGUCUCAUCCUGCUCUUCUACCUGGUCUUCUACAUCUUCCUGGCGGGCAUGUUUGCCCUGACCAUGUGGGUGAUGCUGAUGACCCUGGACGACUAUGUGCCCACGUACCAAGACCGCGUGCCUCACCCAGGUUUGGUGAUCAUUCCCCACUCGCUGGACAUCCAUGUCAACAAAUCGGACCCCAAACAGUACGGCCAUUAUAUCCAACACCUGGAGACCUUCUUGCAAAGGUACAAUGACACCGAGCAGGAGAAGAACGAGCUGUGCCCCCCCGGGGAGUUCUACGACCAGGAGGGCGGCAGCAUGGAGAAGAAGGCCUGCCAGUUCAAGAGGAGCUUCUUGAGCCGCUGCUCCGGCCUGUCUGACACCACCUUCGGCUACAGCGAGGGCGAGCCCUGCAUCCUGCUGAAGCUCAACAGGAUCAUUGGCCUGAAACCUUUGGGAAACCCGUACAUCAACUGCACAGCCAAGACUGAUACUCCAGUCCAGAUGCAGUAUUUCCCCCGCGAGGCUCGGAUCGAUAAGAUGUACUUCCCCUACUACGGGAAGAAGGCCCAUGAGAGCUACGCCCAGCCGCUGGUCGCCGUGAAGCUGCUGCUGACCAAGGAGGACUACAACACCGAGCUGAGCAUCGAGUGCCGGGUGGAGGGCUGCAACAUGCGCAACACCGACGCCAGGGACAAGUUCCUGGGGCGCGUCACCUUCCGGGUCAAGGUGUUCGAGUAAGGGAGGAAGAGAGGGAGGGAGGGAGGCAGGAAGAGAGGAAGGUUGGGGGAGGGAGGAGGGUUGGGUAGGGGUGAGGGGAGAAGUGGGUAAAAACUGACCCUAAAGCCUCCAACACCGCUAGGGAUUCACUGGAGGAAAGGAAGGAAGAAAGGAAGGAGGGGUUUGAAUACAUCACAAGAGAGGAGGGAGAAGAACGGGUAACUUUAAGGGGGAAUGUUUCUUGUGUGACAUUAGUUGGUUAGUUUGGCCCCCAGGUUAGGCUAGAAUGUUAGUUGUGAUGUAGAAAGUGUGAUUUGUUACCGUUUCCCACUCCUUACCUUCUCUCUGGGGGUUGGGCGGGCUAGGAGGGUUGGGGAGGGAGGGGGUUGAUGGGAGGAGCUAGCAGGGCUGACCUUAUUAUCUUCCACCUUCUGUGAGAUUCCAAGAGAACAGGGACUUGGGGUACUCUGGUUCCUGCCCUGACCAAUCCAUCCAUAUACACGUUGCACUGUCCCUUGUUUACCUCAUUGUUGUACUUUUCUAGUUUUGGUUCGGUUUUGGAGUACGUAUUUGAUAAGCUGUAGGUGACUGCAGGGAAGACAUGGGGUCUCCAUGUUUCUGCUAAAGGGGGAAAGAAACAAAACAAUCUGAAUUAUGUCUUUUGUCAUAUCGCGAACCCGGGAAAAUCUUUUAAAUUCUUAUGAAAUAGGUAGAAUUUCUAACGAUUGCCUGAAAAGGUUUUUAUCUUUCUGUAAAAUAUUAUUUACGAAAUUUCUUGUUACAUUUACAUUUUGGUGUUUCACUGUCAAACUUCACACAAUAUUUUCAACAUAUUCAAAAAACGUUUUCAUUGGAACUUAUCUUGAUAAUCAAAUAUAGACACUAUAUCCAUAUACAUCUAUAUAUAUUUAUAGAUAUCUAUAUAUAUAGAUGUAUACAUACCUACACACAAAAAGGCCAAUUCUGAUACUCCUGUUCACAUAAGAAUAUGUUUUGACCCUUUGUAAUAUUUAGACAAUUGUAGAUCUUAAUCGUGUGGUAUGAUGAACCACAAACCAGUGUUGUGCUCUCUGUCUGUCUGUGUGCAUGUGUACUUGUCUGUCUACACAUCUCCCUCUUCACCACACACCACACACACACACACACACACACACACACAAACACACAUUGCCUAACAAACACACAUAAACACGCACAUACACAUUGUGAGACACACAUACACACAUACAAAUAUCUGUUUACAUGCACACACACAUGCACAAACACAUACACAAAUACAAAUAUCUCUCACAAGCACACGCACACACACACACACACAAACACAAACACAUACAUUUACACAACACAAAGUGAGGUGUGAGGGGAUGAACGCAGUGGUUGGGGGAAGCGUGUACUGUAUAUUCCUAAAUGUCCUGUAUAACCUUCUGGGUCCCAGAGAGCGCCGGUUGGGUCAUUCUCUUCACUUUCAUCAGCUCUGAAUACUCAACAAGUCGGUGUUUUUCUCUUCAAUGUAUAUAUCUAUACACUAUUUACCAUAUUUACUUGAGUCACACUGUAUUUUUUGUCACACAACAAAGAUAUCUGUGCACUGUAAAGAAAUAAUUUAAGCAAAGAUUUACAAGAAAUUAUCUUCUUCAAAGCUAUGUUUACACAGUCUUAACAGGAACCCACGUUUGAGAAGAACGCGUUGGAACAUCUCUUGAGGAGGCCUUAAGACUUGGCAAAAUAAUUCAUGGAAUAAAGCUGAUUUUGGAGAAAA